AUGCCGUAUUCCUUCGAUAACGCUUUGAUUGCAGAUGGAUGGGCCAUCCUGAAAAGCAAUAAACAGAAGUCGAUGACGCGCCAAAAACCCGAUCAACGUUACUGCGUACCACGGGCCGUUGCCGAUCGUGCUGUACCAGCAUCAACAUUUAUCGAUGUGGUUGGUUUCGGAUGCAUUGACCAAUGCCGGCGGUGGGUCGCCUUUAUGGGCAUCAAGAUGGUCCUGCACCGA